GUACAGAGUCAGAGAGCGCUAAACGAAUGGACGGAUAAGCGACUGAUAUUCGUGAUCGAGCGAGUAAAUAUCUACGUUUUUAUUCAUGUGAAAUCGGUGUCGCGAAACAAAGGUUCGGCGACAAGGAACUUGUACGGUUUCGUGUUCGUGGAGGAUAUUUGAAUAGGAGGAAAGAUACUAGAGUAUUUUCAUAGGCGGAGUAGUUGCGAAGCCAUCACCAAGGAACCUAACAAGUUUUGCUACUUUUAGUGGAAUUUAUUUUCAAAAUGGCAGCCACGAGAAGAUUGCAAAAGGAACUUGGGGAUUUAAGAGCUUCGGCAAUGAAAAACUUUACAAAUAUUCAAGUGGACGAAUCGAACAUUCUCACUUGGCAAGGCCUUAUAUUGCCGGAUAAUCCACCGUAUAACAAAGGAGCGUUUCGUAUCGAAAUCAAUUUUCCUGCCGAAUAUCCUUUUAAGCCUCCAAAGAUAAACUUUAAAACAAAAAUAUAUCAUCCGAACGUGGAUGAGAAGGGACAAGUAUGCUUACCAAUCAUAACUGCUGAAAACUGGAAGCCAGCUACAAAGACAGACCAAGUCGUACAAGCUUUAAUAGCGUUAGUAAAUGAUCCAGAACCAGAGCAUCCGUUAAGGGCGGACCUCGCCGAGGAGUUUUUAAAGGAUAGAAAAAAGUUUUUAAAGAACGCCGAGGAGUUUACGAAAAAAUACGCGGAAAAGAGGCGUGAGUCGUCGUCCUCUAACGAAUAACCACAGGUGACCAGUUCUACUCACCACGAUGCCUGCCGCUCGUCAGCUAAUUUAAUUCAAGCCAACAUAGACACUAUCUGUUACAUGAAAAACAAGUUGAAUUGAGAUGCAUGUGUACAGUAUUGGUUAACUACCGACAAUGAUAUUACUAUGUGCAAAUUGUAAUGUUUAUAAAAGUGAAUUAACAAAUUUUUCAGAGCAAAAAAAUAUAAUAAACUAACUGUAUGAUAUUGUAUACAAUUUGUAUUUUGAAGUCGUUGUAAACGGACGCAAGCACAUACGAUCUGUACGAUUCUAAAAAGAAGCAUGAAAAAAAUAUAUCAUCUGCUCGUUUUUCUGUUGAAAGCAAGACAAGCGCAGUUUGUUGUAAAACAGGUAUAUAAACAUUACACAAUAAUGCAUUUACUUUCAGUGUUGACGAUACAGAUAUUGAUUACGAACGUAUUAAAUCGUUUAAGUUGUGGAUAAAUUCUGGCUCUUGGCGAUCGAAUUCAGUAGCAUCAUACGAUAACUGUGAAUGUACAUAAAAUUUAUGUAAUUAUUAAACUGAUCACACUACCGA